AUGGAUUAAUCAGUUGGUGGCCCAAACAAAUGGGAUCAGUCUCCUUAGUUCUAGUCAAUGAAAUAGAAUAAUAUGAAUCCAAACUAUCAAAGUAUGCCUAACUUACAGAGGGCUGGAAAUGAUAUCGUCUCAGCUGGACCAUCUAGUGGUCAUCAAAGACCAUUUGAUAUUAGGAAUCAGGAAUAAAAUGAUAGAAAGACCUCAUAUGCAAAUGAAUUGAAAUAAUAGUUGGCAGAAUAAUAAAACAGAAAAAUCAUGGAGAAAUAAUAAGAUAAGGUAGAGGAUAUGCAAUACCUAGAAGAUAAUAUGAGCUACAAUCCUUUCGGUAGAGGAGGUGGUGGAGCUCCAUUGAGAAAUCAGUUUGGUUCAGUUAUCACUACCUUCAAGCCUCAGUUCAAGAAUAAUUACACAAGGUUGCAUUUGAAUAGGAACACAGAUGUCUCAGUACAUACGAGAGCUAAGAGUAGACAUGUAAACAGGAAUCAGGCUAUAUCUUAGCAUCCAAGUAGAUAUGAAAACUAAGAUGAUGGGGGCUUUUUCGGCAGAUAAGGUACAGCAGCUCCCUAUAGAGGAGGUGGCGGUGGAGGAGGAGGUUUCGGAAAUAAUGCACUUGGAGUCGAUUUCUCAAAGCCAGCAGCAGCUGGCAUCUAAAACCCAGAUUUUCAACCUGAUUACUAUGUCGACCCACUUCCAAAGCCAGUACCUAAAGAUGAGCCAUAGCCAGACUAUAUUGUCGAGAAUAAAGUUAUUCCAGGAUAAGCAUAAGUGUAGCCUGUAGUCUAGCAAGAAGAUGAAGAUCGAAGAAGAAGAGAGCAUAUGCUUAUGGAGGAAGAAAGACUCAGAAGAGAAAAAGAUGAUUUAGAUUACAGAUACUAAAAUGAGCUUAAGGAUAGACAGCGCUCAUAUGAGGAUUUAUAAGAAGAUACUUUGAGAAGACUAUAGGUGUUUUGGGAGAACCUUCAUGAUGAUGAGAUGAAAAAGUGGGAGGAUUUGAUGAAAACAAGACCCAUGGUACAAUAUGUCGAGAGAGAUGAUACUCUGAAAUUAUCUUAAGCUCUUGUAGAUCAUCUAUAGAAAGCACUCAGAACAGAGUUAGAUAAAACUAAAGCGAAUAUAGACAUGCAAGAAGUCGAUUUACAGGCUUAGAUAAAUCAUUUAAAAAAGGAAAACUUUGAUGCCGAUAAGGAAAGAAUGUCAACCUUACUCGAAAUCGACUAGAUCAACAGAAUUCUCGAUGACUAAAAAGGCUUCGAUGGUAUUAGAAGUAAAUAUGUUUACUAAACUUUACUUUGGGAUAAAUUACUGGACAAGAGACUUUUCUAAAAUAAGAGUAUUAAAGAUAUGCCUGAACUACUUGAUGCAAAGAGUGCAUAUUUGAAGCCAAAAGAUAAAGAUACCUAUAGAUUAGCUGAUGCUAUGGAAAUUCCAGACAGACCUCUAGAUAGACCUCUUUAAGGCAUCAAUGUUGAUAAAAUAAAUGCAGAAAGAUUGAAUUAAAAGAACUAGCAGAGACUUAACUUUUAUGAGUAAAAGGUGAAAUAACCAGAAUUUGAGCUAGACUUUUUGGAUAAAGAGUUAAUAAAAUCCUCUAAGAAGUUUGAAGAUGCAAAGUAUACCCCUUCACGAUAUGGUGGCUUAUAAAUUGGUGAGCAUUAAAAGCACUAUUCACAAUCCUUAAAAUUCUGA